UCUCGCCCGACAACAAUGGCAGAACUUGUCAUUUUGGAACGAACUAUAUCGCAGCAGAUUCGCCAGGAAGACAAUGCCGAACCUGCUUACCAAGAACACGACAGCAUUGCUGACAGCGAUAAUGUUGCGGAGCCAAGUGAACAAGCUGCCGCUGAAUACCCAGCGGGCAUCAAAUUCUGGCUGACCAUACUCUCCGUGGUCUCCAUCCUCAUCCUUGCCAGUAUAGACAUGAACAUAGUCGCCACAGCAGUCCCAGCUAUCACCGAUCACUUUCACACGGUCGCCCACGUGGGCUGGUACUCAUCCGCCUUCAGACUCUGCGUCUGCGCAUUCCAGUUCAUCUUCGGGAAAGCAUACAAACUCUUCUCUGUCAAACGCGUCUUUCUCACUUCCAAUGUUAUCUCCAUAGCUGGAUCUGUACUCUCGGGCGCUGCUGUUUCGUCGACGAUGCUUGUUGUCGGUAGAGCUGUCGCUGGCCUGGGAUCUGCAGGACUGUUCGCUGGCUCGUUCAUCAUUGUUGUUCAGUCUACUCCUCUUCAUCGACGACCUGUAUUUCUGGGAAUCUUGGGCGCUGCUGAAGGCUUGGCUACCAUUGCUGCACCGUUGCUUGGCGGUGCGCUUCAGACUCUCAGCUGGCGAUGGUGUUUUUACAUCAGCGUGCCUUCUGGUGCAGUUACUCUACUUCUUACCAUGUUUUGUCUAUCGGAUGACCAGAAACCUAGCGCUGUUGCUGAAAUGACGUUUAUGCACAAGGUUGCUCAGCUCGACCUUGUUAGUAACAUGCUUCUUCUCCCAGCGCUCACAAGCCUCUUUCUCGCUCUCUCAUUGGCUGGCACUAUAUACCCAUGGAGUAGCGGCCAGGUGGUCGGACCUCUCGUCAUAUUCGCUGUUCUUCUUGGUUUGUUCGUCUGGAACCAGAUCCGCCGAGGCGAUGCUGCUGCACUUCCGCCUCGCAUCAUGAAGCAUCGCUGCAUAAUCGCGGGUUUCAUCUUCAUAUUCUGCGUCAACAGCACAGGAGUUGUACUAGAAUACUACCUACCUACAUACUAUCAACUCGUCCGUGGAUACACGCCCGUCAAGAGCGGCUACAUGAUGUUGCCUAUCAUCAUCGCGGCAACAGUCGGUUCACUCAUCCAGGGAGCUGGAACUAGUGCAUGCGGUUACUACACGCCUUUCAUGCUCUUCGCAUCCAUCAUCAUGCCAAUUUCUGCAGGGCUCAUUACUACGUUCAAAAUUGAUACCAGUUUUGAAAAGCUCAUUGCCUACACGGCACUUUUAGGUUUGGCCUACGGCAUUGGGUUCAUUGGCCCUCAAACAGCUGUGCAGACAGUUCUCCCAGCUGAAGACGUCCCGCUUGGCUUAUCCAUCAUGUUGUUUGCUCAAUCAUUUGGUCCAGCUCUGUCUGUUCCCAUUGCGCAGGUGCUCUUCAUGAACAGGCUUUCUGAUAACCUUGAUGGCAUUGUGCCGGGGCUGAAUGGGACGCACAUCAGCAACAGCGGUCUUACCGAGAUGGCUGUCAAUGUACCAGAAUCUGCGAUGAGACAGGUGCUAAUUGCAAUUGACAAAAGUCUCGGGCAGACAUGGUAUCUUGUGGUUGGGCUGGCUUCAGUCGCGCUAGUUGGGAGUCUGAUGACGGAAUGGAGAUCAGUAAAGGAAAAACGCGAAUGAACUGAUAUCCAGGUCUGCUGGCCACUACUCGACCUUGUAGUCCUGAGUAUAGUGAUGAAGCAAUCAUAUUGGCCCUCCAACUGUGAAGAUUCUGCUAAGUUAGAGGACUGUCGAGAUGAAGGGUCGGGGCGAACGGGAGCCCUGUAAGAUGGUGAGGUGAGUUGGACAAUUUUGGCAAAUGUAU